AUGGAUGACGAGGAGGAGACCUACAGACUAUGGAAAAUCCGUAAAACAAUCAUGCAGGUAAAUUGUACAAUUGAGAACACUUCAUUCCAGGCAGUCGGUUUACAACAUAGCUGGGGUGGUCUCACUACGCAUAUUCUGUUGCAAAACGUUUCGUCUCUUGCAAAACGUUUUGCAACAGAAACCGUUCAGUCUUGUCUCUCUUCCCCCACUCAAUUUAACCCCCUAAAAGGUUAAAUUCAGUGGUGGAAAAAGUACCCAAUUGUCAUACUUGAGUAAAAGUAAAGAUACCUUAUUAGAAGAUUACUCAAGUAAAAGUGAAAGUCACCCAGUAAAAUACUACUUGAGUAAAAGUCUAAAAGUAUUUGGUUUUAAAUAUACUGAAGUAUCAAAACUAAAUGUAAUUACUAAAACUUACUUUUACUUUUGAUACUUAAGUAUAAAUCAUUUCAAAUCCCUUAUAUUAAGAAAACCAGAUGGCACUAUUCUUGUUUUUUAUUUAUUUAUGGUUAGCCAGGGGCACACUCCAUCACUGACUUAAUUUUCAAACGAAGCAUUUGUGUUUAGUGAGUCCGCCAGAUCAGGGGCAGUAGGGAUGACCAGGGAUGUUCUCUUGAUAAGUGCGUGAAAUUGACCAUUUUCUUGUCCUGCUAAGCAUACAAAAUGUAACGAGUAGUUUUGGGUGUCGGGGAAAAUGUAUGGCGUAACCCUGUAAAGAGUACAUUAUUUUCUUUAGGAAUGUAGUGAAAUAAAAGUUGUCAAAAAGAUAAAUAGUAAAAUACACAUACCCCAAAAAACGACUUAAGUAGUACUUUAAAGUAUUUUUACUUAAGUACUUUACACCACUGGUUAAAUUGAUACACACCUUGCUCAGUUGGUAGAGCAUGGCGCUUGCAACGCCAGGGUUGUGGGUUCGAUUCCCACAGGGGGCCAGUAUGAAAAAUUUAUGCACUCACUAACUGUAAGUCGCUCUGGAUAAGAGCGUCUGCUAAAUGACUUAAAUGUAAAUGAUAGGGUUAGUGUUCCCACACAGCCAUAUAUCCAUGUUACAGCGCUCAUUUACGGAAAACAGAUGGAAGACAAGAGGCGACCACCUGUGCUAGCUACAGUGGGGGAAAAAAGUAUUUAGUCAGCCACCAAUUGUGCAAGUUCUCCCACUUAAAAAGAUGAGAGAGGCCUGUAAUUUUCAUCAUAGGUACACGUCAACUAUGACAGACAAAUUGAGAGAAAAAAAUCCAGAAAAUCACAUUGUAGGAUUUUUUAAAUGAAUUUAUUUGCAAAUUAUGGUGGAAAAUAAGUAUUUGGUCACCUACAAACAAGCAAGAUUUCUGGCUCUCACAGACCUGUAACUUCUUCUUUAAGAGGCUCCUCUGUCCUCCACUCGUUACCUGUAUUAAUGGCACCUGUUUGAACUUGUUAUCAGUAUAAAAGACACCUGUCCACAACCUCAAACAGUCACACUCCAAACUCCACUAUGGCCAAGACCAAAGAGCUGUCAAAGGACACCAGAAACAAAAUUGUAGACCUGCACCAGGCUGGGAAGACUGAAUCUGCAAUAGGUAAGCAGCUUGGUUUGAAGAAAUCAACUGUGGGAGCAAUUAUUAGGAAAUGGAAGACAUACAAGACCACUGAUAAUCUCCCUCGAUCUGGGGCUCCACGAAAGAUCUCACCCCGUGGGGUCAAAAUGAUCACAAGAACGGUGAGCAAAAAUCCCAGAACCACACGGGGGGACCUAGUGAAUGACCUGCAGAGAGCUGGGACCAAAGUAACAAAGCCUACCAUCAGUAACACACAACGCCGCCAGGGACUCACAUCCUGCAGUGCCAGACGUGUCCCCCUGCUUAAGCCAGUACAUGUCCAGGCCCGUCUGAAGUUUGCUAGAGUGCAUUUGGAUGAUCCAGAAGAGGAUUGGGAGAAUGUCAUAUGGUCAGAUGAAACCAAAAUAGAACUUUUUGGUAAAAACUCAACUCGUCGUGUUUGGAGGACAAAGAAUGCUGAGUUGCAUCCAAAGAACGCCAUACCUACUGUGAAGCAUGGGGGUGGAAACAUCAUGCUUUGGGGCUGUUUUUCUGCAAAGGGACCAGGACGACUGAUCCGUGUAAAGGAAAGAAUGAAUGGGGCCAUGUAUCGUGAGAUUUUGAGUGAAAACCUCCUUCCAUCAGCAAGGGCAUUGAAGAUGAAACGUGGCUGGGUCUUUCAGCAUGACAAUGAUCCCAAACACACCGCCCGGGCAACGAAGGAGUGGCUUCGUAAGAAGCAUUUCAAGGUCCUGGAGUGGCCUAGCCAGUCUCCAGAUCUCAACCCCAUAGAAAAUCUUUGGAGGGAGUUGAAAGUCCGUGUUGCCCAGCGACAGUCCCAAAACAUCACUGCUCUAGAGGAGAUCUGCAUGGAGGAAUGGGCCAAAAUACCAGCAACAGUGUGUGAAAACCUUGUGAAGACUUACAGAAAACGUUUGACCUGUGUCAUUGCCAACAAAGGGUAUAUAACAAAGUAUUGAGAAACUUUUGUUAUUGACCAAAUACUUAUUUUCCACCAUAAUUUGCAAAUAAAUUCAUAAAAAAUCCUACAAUGUGAUUUCCUGAUAUUUUUUUGUUUGUUUGUUUGUAUUUUUUUGUAUUUUUUUUCUCUCAUUUUGUCUGUCAUAGUUGACGUGUACCUAUGAUGAAAAUUACAGGCCUCUCAUCUUUUUAAGUGGGAGAACUUGCACAAUUGGUGGCUGACUAAAUACUUUUUUUCCCCACUAUCUAGCAUGCUCCGAACACCUGUGUGUAAGGGAGUGAACGUUAUUUCUAAUAAGGGUUACAUGGAGAAAAUCGGACCUCUCUGAAAUUAAAAUGGAUGGCGUCCCCAUCAGAAAAAUAUUUUAACUAAACCCUCCCUGAACGCUUGAAAAAAACAACAAGUGACCCUCCCCUAUACCCAAAAUAAUAAUUCAAACAAAGUGGAUAGCAGAGAACAUGUCUACCGUUUACCCUCACUUCUUGGACAGACCAUGGCCCAGAUUCACAAAACACUUCUUACGAAAAGAAAAAAAUAAGUUCAUAAGAUAGUUAAUAAGUGCAAUUCCUCAACAAUAUCUUAAGAUUGAAUGAUUUUCUUACGAACUUGUAAAAUAUAUUCACACAAAUAUCUUAAGAUUGUUGUGUUAGCAUAUUUCAAUCUGAGAUUACUGUUCUAAAACAUGUUGUUGGGUUUAAAAUAAUCAAUACUGAAACUUUCAGAUGAAGUUUGAAUGAAUUAAAAAUGUUAAAUUGCUUUCAUGAGCUUAUUCUCUCACUGACCUGAGUUUAAGACAAGGGUUUAGCUAUCUUGGAAUUAAGAACAUUUCCAAGAACAAAUCCAAUAACUUUAUCUUCAAGAAUCUAAUUUAUUCUUCACUUUUUGUUUAAGGAGAAACAUAAGAAAUAACGUAAGAACAUUUCCAAUAACCUUUUUGAGGAAUAGUAACUUUGUUUUACUUUGUUCAAAAGUCUAUAGUUAGGAAGACAUUUCUUCUUAAGAACAUUUUGUGAAUCUGGGCCCAGAGCCUUAGAUAUGCAGUUUUACAAACUGUUAUUAGUCCUGUAAGCAUUAAACGGCAAGGUAGGAAUUUUUAUAGCGCACAGGGCUCUGGGCCAGAAGGCCACCGUGGACAAGAGUAGGGGUGGAAAGAUCUCCUUUACAGUAAAAGCAUUGCAUGAAUCUAGCAUUGUAUUUGCAGGUCAGAGAAUUUUCUUUUAAUUUAAAAAAUCAUGCAAUUCUACGUAAUUUUACAUAUUAGCAGAAUCUUUUUUUAAUACCACACAAAUUACUGAAAUUACAGACUAAGAAUGGACAGAGAUAGGCCUAUAGUUGAAGUCGGAAGUUUACAUACACUUAGGUUGGAGUCAUUAAAACUCGUUUUUCAACCACUCAACAGUUUUAGCAAGUCGGUUAGGACAUCUGCUUUGUGCAUGACACAAGUAAUUUUUCCAACAAUUGUUUACAGACAGAUUAUUUCACUUACAAUUCACUGUAUCACAAUUCCAGUGAGUCAGAAGUUUACAUGCUCUAAAUUGAAUGUGCCUUUAAACGGCUUGGAAAAUUCCAGAAAAUGAUGUCAUGGCUUUAGAAGCUUCUGAUAAGCUAAUUGAUAUCAUUUGAGUCAAUUGGUGGUGUACCUGUGGAUGUAUUUCAAGGCCUACCUUCAAACUCAGUGCCUCUUUGCUUGACAUCAUGAGAAAAUGAAAAGAAAUCAGCCAAGACCUCAGAAAAAUAAUUGUAGACCUCCACAAGUCUGGCUCAUCCUUGGGAACAAUUUCCAAAUGUUCAUCUGUACAAACAAUAGUACGCAAGUAUAAACACCAUGGGACCACGCAGCCGUCAUACCGCUCAGGAAGGAGAUGCGUUCUGUCUCUUAGAGAUUAACGUACUUUGGUGCGAAAAGUGCAAACCAAUCCCAGAACAACAGGAAAGGACCAUGUGAAGAUGCUGGAGGAAAGAGGUACAAAAGUAUUUAUAUCCACAGUAAAGCAAGUCCUAUAUUGACAUAACCUGAAAGGUCCGCUCAGCAAGGAAGAAGCCACUGCUCCAAAACCGGCCAUAAAAAAGCCAGACUAUGGUUUGCAACUGCACAUGGGGACAAAGAUCGUACUUUUUGGAGAAAUGUCCUCUGGUCUGAUGAAACAAAAAUAGAACUGUUUGGCCAUAAUGACCAUCGUUAUGUUUGGAGGAAAAAGGGGGUGCUAGCAUGCCGAAGAACACCAUCCCAACCGUGAAGCACGGGGGUGGAAGCAUCAUGCUGUGGGGGUGUUAUUCUGCAGGAGGGAGUGGUGCACUUCACAAAAUAGAUGGCAUCAUGAGGAAGGAAAAUUAUGUGGAUAUAUUGAAGCAACAUCUGAAGACAUCAGUCAGGAAGUUAAAGCUUGGUCACAAAUGGGUCUUCCAAAUGGACAAUGACCCCAAGCAUACUUCCAAAGUUGUGGCAAAAUGGCUUAAGGACAACAAAGUCAAGGUAUUGGAGUGGCCAUCACAAAGCCCUGACCUCAAUCCUAUAGAAAAUGUGUGGGCAGAACUGAAAAAGUGUGUGCGAGCAAGGAGGCCUACAAACCUGACUCAGUUACACCAGCUCUUUCAGGAGGAAUGGGCCAAAAUUCACCCAAAUUAUUGUGGGAAGCUUGUGGAAGGCUACCCGAAACGUUUGACCCAAGUUCAAAAAUGUAAAGGCAAUGCUACCAAAUACUAAUUGAGUGUAUGUAAACUUCUGACCAACUGGAAAUGUGAUGAAAGAAAUAAAAGCUGAAAUAAAUCACUCUCUCUACUAUUAUUCUAACAUUUCAUAUUCUUAAAAUAAAGUGGUGAUCCUAACUGACCUAAGACAGGGAAUUUUUACUAGGAUUAAAUGUCAGGAAUUGUGGAAAAACUGAGUUUAAAUGUAUUUGGCUAAGGUGUAUGCAAACUUCCGACUUCAACUGUAUAUACAUAUCCUUUAAAAAAAUAUAUUUCCCUUUAUUACUUUCCAACCCCACCACCCCUCCCCUAAUUGGAGUAAACUAGUGAACAACAACGCUUAGGCCUCUACUUCCAGCUUACACAUACUAUAUACAUUUUAUGGACACAGUCAAUUUUACAAUAAUUCUAAUUUGUUUGUUUUUACUCCUGAACUUCCUCUACCCUCAACCUCUCCGAUCAUUUUCAUGAUGUCCAUCCGAUUUGCUUCUAUAUGCCAUAUCUUUCUAACUGUGCUCGUUCACAAAAGCUCUCAACCUGUAACCUAUAUACUUAUUAUGGACACAGUAUGCUUUACAUUAGUUCUCUUGUUGUUAUUAGUCCCAUCCUUCAGUUCCAUUCAACACCUCCCAUCUAUCUCUUAACACCAUCCAUAUUGGAUUUCUAUACUGUACUGUGAUGUUUCACAAAAGUUUUGAACCCUUCUAUUCUCAUUGUUUCUACAGAUUGUAAAUUGAAAAUAAACAUUUUUGCUAAAAGUAUUAUUAUAUUAUUGAUCGAUUGACUAUGACUUUUCAGAUCACCCAGUAGUGCUAUCUGCAGGGUUAGCUCUAGGUAAAUAUUGCAAUCCUUCAGCCAUUCCUGGACCUGUGACCAAAAACAAGCUACAAAUGGACAGUACCAAAACAAAUGAUCUAAUGAUUCUGUCUCUUUGCAGCGAAAUCUGCAGAGCUGGGAAGAUUGUAUCCCCCAUAUAAAUAACAUUCUAUUGGUAGCAAGAAUUGUAUAAAAUAAUUUAAAUUGAAAGAUUCUAAGUUUUGAAUCCGGUGUCGUUUUGCGUAUCAGUUCAUAAACACUAUGCCAUGGAAUCGGUACGUCAAAAAUCUCUUCCCAACUAUUUUGCAAUCUAUAUUGGACGGCUGUCAAUCCUUUGGUCCUUAAAUGAAACUGGUAUACUUUUUUUAUUUAUCACCAUUUUCUUUAACCAAUUAUAUUCUUUGAUGGAGGGCCGACAGACAAGUUCCUUACUUUUUCCACCUUCCACUUUCCUCUUCCAUUUUUGCGGUAAUGCGGCAAUUAUUUGGUUGUAAUUUUGGGUAGAGCAGACAUUUCCAUAUGUUUUUGUUAGCUGCGUGUUCGACAACUCCAUCAGUCCUACCUAUAAUAUAAUUUACGAAGAUUAUACCUUUUUAAAACAUUUCUUCAAAAACGAAUGGUUUUUUAUCAAUUAGUAUAUUUGAGUUUAACCAUAAUAUUUGUUGCAUUAUUUGUUCUGUCGUUUCUGGAGGAUUAAAUUGAAAUUGCAACCAACUUUCUAUGGCUUGUUUUAGAAAUGGUGAUAUUUGGGUGAUGAAUUCCUUUUCAAAUAACUGAAAGUGAGAGGUUGUCAUCUGAUUAAAGGGGAAAAGGCCAUUCUUGAACAUGGGGUGAGACAAUCUUACUAAUUUGCUAGAGAACCAGUUAGGAUUUAAGUCUAAUUUUUGUAUGACUGAAGCUUUUAGUGAUAGGUCUAAUGCUUUAAUAUUUAAUAAUUUCUUUCCUCAGAAUUCAUAUUCAUUAUAUAAAAAGGCCCGUUUAAUUAUGUCUGGCUUGCCGUUCCAUUUUUUCUCUCAUAUAAUUUAAAAACUGUUCGCUAGAUGUAGGCAAGAGCAUAAGCAAAUAGGUAAACUGGGAUAAUACUAAAGAGUUAAUCAGGGUGAUUUUUCCACAAAUAGACAGGUAUUUACCUUUACAUGGUAGCAAGAUCUUAUCUAUUUGUGCUAACUUUCUAUUAAAAUGUAUUGUGGAUCAUUUAUUUCAUUUGGGAUAUGUAUUCCGAGUAUAUCCACAUCACCAUCAGACCAUUUUAUUGGUAAACUACAUGGUAAUGUAAUAAUUGUAUUUUUUAGUGAUCCAAUACGUAAAAUAGUAUAUUUAUCAUAAUUUGAUUGUAAUCCAGAGAGGUUAGAAAAGGUAUCUAGAUCCUCAUCAGACUAUUCUUGAUUUAAUCAUGUCUUUACAUAUACUAAAUAAGAUAUGUGUGAAAUUAGUUUUGAUUUAGAAUGGACCAUUAUCAUGCACCUGUCUCGAAACAGGGGCACGGGAAAAAAUACAUGUACCGGUAAUCUCUGCACUUAUAUCGUGAAUGGAGGACGCUUUUCCUGUGGUUCAUUUCCAUGCCAGCUAGGUAGGCUAUACUCCUGUUGUAAAGAUAAGCGAUGUGCUUAAUUUUUGCUAAUUUGAGAAAUAAAUAUAGUAGGCCUAGCCUAUAGAAAGCUGAUGGGAUCCUCCUCUUUUUAAUAGAGGCCAUCACUCUGUUUUUUUGCGUAGCCUAUAGAUAUGUUGCGCAACAUGAGCUCAUGGGCUCUCAUUAAGUGUUUGAUUACAUUAUUGAUUACAUUUGCAUUGAAGUCAGAGUGAUCAGAGGGACAAUAGAGUGCUGAGUACCAGGCAGUUAGCAAGUUUGGUAGGCUACUAAUGACCAUCAGCAGCAUCAGAGCUUGGAGAAGCCUAAUUACCGUGACUAAACGGUCACGUGGAAUUUGACUGCCUUCAUGACUCGUGACCGCCGGUGUGGCGGUAAUACGGUCACCGCAACAGCCCUAGUCACGUCUUUCCCAGGUAUUUUACAGCUUGUUUCUAGCAUUGCGGACCAAAGCGCUGUUAUAGAUCCCUUUAUAUAAUCGGAUCAGUUUUAUUUACUUCAAAAUAUCUAAUCAAAUGUUAUUGUUUGCAUACACAUGUUUAGCAGAUGUUAUUGCGGGUGUAGCGAAAUGCUUGUGUGCCAUCUCCAACAGUGCAGUAAUAUCUAACAAUACACAUCUAAAAGUAAAAUAAUGGAAUUAAGAAAUAUUAGGACGAGCAAUGUCGGAGUCCGGAAUAUAUAUAUGGGAUGUAUAUAAUAAUAUGCCAUUUAGCAGACGCUUUUAUCCAAAGCGACUUACAGUCAUGCGUGCAUGAUUUUUUUUUGUGUACGUGUGGUCCCGGGGAUCGAACCCACUACCUUGGCGUUACAAGCGCCGUGCUCUACCAGCUGAGCUACAGAGGACCACUUGUAUAUGGGAUGUAUCGACUAUAUAUGGGAUGUAUAGACAUUGUGGAUAGAAUAUAUAGUAUAUCUGAAGAAUAUGUGGAUAAAAUAGUAUACUGUAUGUACAGUAAUAGUUGAAUAGGAUGGACUUGACUAGAAUACAGUAUAUACGAAAUGGGUAAAACAAUAUGUAAAAAUUAUUAAAGUUACCAGUGUUCCAUGUCUAUGUACAUAGGGCAGAAGCCUCUAAGGUACAGGGAUGAGUAACCGGGUGGUAGCUGGCUAGUAACUGAGUUCAGGGCAGGGUACUGGGUGGAGGCUGGCUAGUGAUGGCUAUUUAACAGGCUGUUGGCCUUGAGAUAUACUGAAAAACAGCUUCUCUCAGUCCCAGCUUUGAUGCACCUGUAAUGACCUCACCUUCUGGAUGAUAGCGGGGUGAACAGGCCGUAGCUCGGGUGGCUGAGGUCCUUGGUGAUCGUCUUGGCCUUCCUGUGACACUGGGUGCUGUAGAUGUUCUGAAGGGCAGGCAGUGGGCUGACCGCACCCCCCUUUUGGAGAGCCCUGUGGUUGCGGACGGUGCAGUUGCCGUACCAGGCGGUGAUACAGCCUGAAAGGAUGCUUUCAAUAGUGCAUCUGUACAAAUAUGUGAGGGUCUUGGGGGCCAAGCUGAAUUUCUUCAGCCUCCUGAGGUUGAAGAGGCCCUGUCUGUGUGGGUGGACCAUUUCACGUUCUCCACUGCGGCCCCGUCGAUGUGGAUGGAGCGGGCUCCCUCUGCUGUUUCCUGAGGUCCACAAUCAGCUCCUUCGUUUUGUUGACGUUGAGGGAGAGGUUAUUUUCCUGGCACCACUCUGCCAGGGCCCUCAUCUCGUCCCUGUAGGCUGUCUCGUUGUUGGUAAUCAGGCCUACCACUGUUGUGUUUUCUGCAAACUUGAUGAUUGAGUUGGAGGCGUGCGUGGCCAUGCAGUCAUGGGUAAACAGGGAGUACAGGAUGGGGCUGAGCACACACCCUUGUGGGGCCCCUGUGUUGAGGAUCAGCAAAGUGGAGGUGUUGUUGCCUACCUCCACCACCUGGGGGUGGCCCGUCAGGAAGUCCAGGACCCAGCUGCAAAGGGCGGGGUUCAGACCCAGGGCCCCGAGCUUAAUGAUGAGCUCGGAGGGUACUAUGUUGUUGAAAUCUUAAGCUAACAAGAGGUAGGCCUGUGCUUUUUGCCAUUUUCUUUAAUAAAAGGUAGGCCUAUGGAAUACCCUUUCAAUUCGAGUAUUGGUUUUAACUUAACAGCCCUUCACUGACAUGGAGGUAGGCUAUUUAAAGAGUGCAUGGUGGGUGGCGGAUUUGACUGACAAAUCUAUGGAUAUAGCAGCCUAUAGCCUAAUUUCGUCUCGGAAGAAAUAGGCUCGAACACAAAGCCCUCUUGUUGUUAGUAAAGUCUAAUUAAAAUUAAGACUGUUAAAAUGAAUUAUGCCUAUUCGAAUUUGCCCACUUCCAUUUCUUAUUGAUUGUGCCUCAGCUGCUAUUUCAAGUUUCGGCACCACAAUGGAAGUUAGUAAAAACUGGCUUAUUGUGAGGUCAAUAACUCUGAUAAAUACAUCAUGGGCAAGGAAACAUAUUGUUUUUUAUUAAAUAUAUUAGGGCUGUCCCCAACUAAAAAAAAAUCUUAGUUGACCGAAAGUAGUCUGUACUUUCAACCAAUCGAUUGGUCAAAAUUUUGAACCGUGUAUUUUUCCAUAUAUAGACACACCCUAUGUGUUUUAAUAAAAUCAACUAUAUGCAUUGAGCUUGUCUGAUGCUUUAAGCUUACGGUUUGAUGAAAUAAGACAAAUGCCUCGAGGGCACCAGAGAUCUAGAUAACCAGAAGAAAUAAAACUUAACCUGACCCAACUAUUCUCCUCCCACUCCUGCUGGCUUUUGCAGAUUCUGCCAUUACUCUCCUGAAGUUGCCGGUAAUAGGCUACACGAGGAGUCGGCAACCUUUCUCAUGUGGAAUGCCAAUUUAGCUUACCAUUUCUACCGAAGUCAGGGCAUUCAUACUUCUUGCGCUUCGCGGAGCAGUGCAGAACAAGGAAGUGAGUUUGUUUUCUACCGGAUGUACCGCCCCCACCUACCGUCAACCAAUCACAUCAUUGCGGAGCUAUACAGAGCCGUCUGCAUUGUUACAAAAUUUGGGAGGCGCAUGGCGAUGUGAUAGGAAGCUCGAUUUGGCAUCUGCAUGCCUCUGGAUGCUCUGCAAUUGCGUCACCCCCCCCCCCCCAUAUUGAGCCUCCGACCACAUUUUCAGAUCAAGCAUAAAUUGGCUUUUAGUCUAGGCCUCUACAAUGGAUCAGUUCACUGAGAUGGGCGCAAAUAUAUAUACAGUGCCUUUGGAAAUUAUUCAGACCCCUUGACAUUUUCCACAUUUUGUUAGGUUACAGCCUUAUUCUAAAAUUGAUUUUUUUUUUAAUCUUCAUCAAUUUACACACAAUACUCCAUAAUGACAAAGCAAAAUUUUUUUUUAAAUGUUUGUUAAUUUAUAAUAAAUAAAACACAGAUAUCACAUUUACAUUUACCCUUUACUCAAUACUUUGUUGAAGCACCUUUGGCAGUGAUUACAGCCUCGAGUCUUCUUGGGUAUGACGUCACAAGCUUGGCACACCUGUAUUUGGGGAGUUUCACCCAUUCUUCUCUGCAGAUCCUCUCAAGCUCUGUCAGGUUGGAUGGGGAGUGUUGCUGCACAGCUAUUUUCUGGUCUCUCCAGAGAUGUUCGAUCAGGUUCAAGUCCGGGCUCUGGCUGGGCCACUCAAGGACAUUCAGAGACUUGUCCCGAAGCCACUCCUGCGUUGUCUUGGCUGUGUGCUUAGGGUCGUUGUCCUGUUGUAAGGUGAAACUUCACCCCAGUCUGAGGUCCUGAGCGUAGGUUUUCAUUAAGGAUCUCUCUGUACUUUGCUCCGUUCAUCUUUCCCUCGAUCCUGACUAGUCUCCCAGUCCCUGCCGCUGAAAAAAAUCCCCACAGCAUGAUGCUGCCACCACCAUGCUUCACCGUAGGGAUGGUGCCAGGUUUCCUCCAGACGUGACGCUUGGCAUUCAGGCCAAAGAGUUCAAACUUGGUUUCAUCAGACCAGAGAAUCUUGUUUCUCAUGGUCUGAGAGUCUUUAGGUGCCUUUUGGCAAACUCCAAGCGGGCUGUCAUGUGCAUUUUACUGAGGAGUGGCUUCCGUCUGGCCCCUCUACCAUAAAGGCCUGAUUGGUUGUGUGCUGCAGAGAAGGUUGUCCUUCUGGAAGGUUCUCCCAUCUCCACAGAGGAACUCUAGAGCUCUGUCAGAAUGACCAUUGGGUUCUUGGUCACCUCCCUGACCAAGGCCCUUCUCCCCCGUUUGCUCAGUUUGGCUGGGCGGCCAGCUCUAGGAAGAGUCUUGGUGGUUCCAAACUUCUUGCAUUUAAGAAUGAUGGAGGCCACUGUGUUCUUGGGGACCUUCAAUGCUGCAGAAAGUUAUUGGUACCCUUCCCCAGAUAGCAAAGGGUCUGAAUACUUAUAUAAAUAAGGUAUCCGUUUUUUUUUUUUUUAUACAUUUGCAAAAAUGUCUAAAAGCCUGUUUUCGCUUCAUCAUUAUUGGGUGUUGUGUGUAGAUUGCUGAGGAUUUGUAUUUAUUUAAUCAAUUUUGGAAUAAGGCUGUAACGUAACAAUGUGGAAAAAGUCAAGGGUCUGAAUACUUUCCAAAGGCACUGUAUAUUUGUUACUGCUCGACUAAAAUAAUCUCGGUAGACCAACAGCCUAACGACCAAACAAUCGACCGGUCGACUAAUUGGGGUCAGCCCUAAAAUCAAUUAUAGUAGUAGCAAGGUAUCAAAGUUGACCUCCUGUCCUCCUCAUCGUCGCUCUCUCCUUCUCAAACUGAACAGAACAUAGGCUAUAGGCUAGUCCUCCUCCUGAACUGCCACAUUAGCCCUACACAGCACAGCAGCCCUACACAGCACAGCCAUUGGUUAAGCAGCACACAAAAACAUUUUUGAUCAGCAAGAGCAGAGCAGGCCGGGGCUCAGGGUUGGAAUAUCCAUUGCAGUGUGUAAUGCAGUCUGGUUUUAUUUACACUAUCCCAGCAGCUAUCUUAAAAAAAUAUAACUUUGCUCUGUGCUUCUGUGAGCAUGCACUUCGUAGCCUAUAGGAUAUGGAUCAUUUGAUUGAUACCACACUAAAUACCGUAUAGGCGCAAUUGAUAUUGCACACCCAGAGGAUAAUCAGAUGAGGGGCGGCAUUGGGCACACAUCAAUAUAUAGCCUAAUAAGCAACUAAUUCUAAAACACUGAGAAAUAUUGAAAAUUUCAUCAAUUACAAAUUACAUGACCCUCCCCUGGCAUAGAUUAAAAUAAAAUAAAAACUAAACCCUCCCCUUGACUGAGAUUGAAAAAGCAAGACCCUCCCCCAUUUCCCUCCAGGUAACCAUUCUGUAAAUUUCGAUCCGUCCCUAAGCGUAACUCGGGAAGUGUAGCGGAAGUCUCCCGAGUGGCGCAGUGGUCUAAGGCACUGCAUCGCAGUACUAGCUGUGCCACUAGAGAUCCUGGUUCGAAUCCAGGCUCUGUCGUAGCCGGCCGCGACCGGGAGACCUAUGGGGCGGCGCACAAUUGGCCCAGGGGAGGGAAUGGGAUGUAGCUCAGUUGGUAGAGCAUGGCGUUUGCAACGCCAGGGUUGUGGGUUCGAUUCCCACGGGAGGCCAGUAUGAAAAAUAAAAUAAUGUAUGCACUCACUAACUGUAAGUCGCUCUGGAUAAGAGCGUCUGCUAAAUGACUUAAAUGUAAAAAUGGAAGUGUAGUUUCGUUGGAUGGAGGCACCCAUUGCUGUAUGGAUCUGUGCAAACCUGCUACAGUAAGUGCAUCUGUGCAAACAAUAUUAUGAAAAGAUAUUUGGUUACAUAUGUGCCAUUUCUUACUGAUCUCUACAGCUUACAUCCAACAACAAAUCCUGUAUUUUGGUAUUCUGUUGCAAAAAAUGUCUUAAACAGAAGCAAAUAGAACGAAAUGGGAAUGGACCUACCUACAUUUGUCCAAUAGAAACUCUAGUUUUGCAACUAAAACAAGAGUUUCUAUUGGACAAAUUCAGGUAGGUCCCUCCCCGUUUUUGCUCUGUUUAAUUCCGUUUAAGACACAUUUUGAAAUAGAAUCGGCGUAAUGAAUACCCCCUAGCUAGCUAGUAUCGUUGGUACAAUUACAGUAUGAAGGUUUUCAGAUACAACCAGAGAUGGUUUACAAUGUUUUAAUUGUAUCUUAAUUUAGUGAUAUUUUAAAGGGCCAAUUUGCGAUUGCUACAUACAUGUUUUGAGACUUUUACAUUCCCAAAGAUUGAUGAAGAAUAAAACGUAGAAAUGCCUCAUGAGCUUAAUUCAAGGGAUAGUGCGAGAUUUCAAGAUUUUUUUCUACUUACCCAGAGUCAGAUGAACUCAUGGAUACCAUUUGUAUGUCUCAGCGUGCAGUUUGGGGAUAAUUUAAGUUAGCUUAGCAUAAUUGUUGGAAGUCUGCAGGUACAGUAGCCAGGUCCUCUCAAAAGCAGGGAAAUAGAGUAGCUAACUCAAAUAGAUUAUUCAGCUACCGGUAGCUAGCUAACUCCACUUAUCUAUUCAGUGUUCCCUUUUCACAUAGUUGUGUCAUGACCGAGGCUAUCUAGUGACGCAGGAUGAGUUGGACCAGACUCUGGACGAGUUCAAGAGCCAGUUUGGGGACAAGCCGAGUGAAGGGCGCCCGCGUCGGACAGACCUCACUGUGCUGGUCGCCCACAAUGAUGACCCGACUGACCAGAUGUUCGUCUUCUUUCCAGGUAACUAGGAGACAAACAAACCCGAGUGCCACAGCACCAUGCAUGCAUUUAAGAUGUCACUAGCUAUUUUCUAAAAACAUAUUUUGGACUGUGAACAUCACUUCACUACAAUUGUUGCCCAAUCAAUCAACAUCUCUUUGUCCACAGAGGAGCCCAAGGUGGGAAUCAAGACCAUAAAGAUGUACUGCCAGCGCAUGCAGGAGGAGAACAUCACACGCGCCUGCAUCGUGGUCCAGAUGGGGAUGACCCCUUCCGCCAAACAGGUGGGGCAGGGCUGAGCCACUAAGCUGGUCUAUGCAGGGUUUUUUCUGGAUCAAAUGGGGUUUAGGUGGCGGGUGUGUUGGGGGCGUGGCCAACAGUGUGGUCGCCAACCGAAAUCUGAGGCCUUUCUGUUGGCCGAAGUGUCUAAAUUUAGCUGUUUUAAAGCAAAUUUCCUGCAAUUCUACACAUUUUGUCAUGUGGCAGAGAUCAAAUAUUGCAGUUUUAAAGACUCAAACGUUAUAUGCAAAGCUGUCAUCAAGACAAAGGGUGGCUACUUUGAAGAAUCUCAAAUAUAAAAUAUAUUUUGAUUUGUUUAACACUUUUUUGGUUACUAUAUUAUUCCAUGUGUUAUUUCAUAGUUUUGAUGUCUUCACAAUUUUUAUACAAUGUAGAAAAUUGUAAAAAUAAAGACAAACCCUGGAAUGAGUAGGUGUGUCCAAACUUUUAACUGGUACUGUAUAUAUCUUCUUUUUUUUUUGGACAGAGGUCCGGAAAAAAAACUUAGGCGGCCCGCCCAAGACUUUUCUAUGCAGAAAAAAACCCUGUCUAUGGCAAUUCUUCCUUCCUUCAUGCUCGGAAGAAUCACUGGUAUAACGCAGUCAUAAAGGUCCCAGCAGGAAUUGCACUACAGCUAACAUCUACUCAUUCACGUCAGAUACCUCCACGGAGCGGAGGAAGAAAAUAUACCUUUUUUCAUAGUAUUCUAACAGAGAUGUUACUUUUCAAGUGGCCCCGUACUAAACUAAUCACCCAUCCUUAUCUAGGGGCCCGUAAUGACUCUCUCUUGUUUCUUUCCCUCCAGUCGUUGGGGGACAUGGCACCUAAAUACAUCCUGGAGCAGUUUCUACAACAGGAGCUCCUCAUCAACAUCACAGAGCAUGAGGUAUGUGCGCUAGUUUAGAUGUAAUCCACACACAGUAUCAUGCCUAAAGGGGGCAUUAAGGCCAAGCACCGCAGGCUAAAAUGACAUUUUUGCAUAAAUUGUGACAUUUGUUUUGGAUUUUGGUCCAUUAGCAUUUUCAAAAAAUUAAAAUAUCAAAAGGUUGAAAAUGUAUAUUUUCAUUAGUUUAUCAUACAUCCAUAACUUCAAAGCUCACUACAUUAAAUAACAUAAUUUAAAAGCCCAUUUCAUAGAGAAUGUUACAAACUGGGCUAUACAGUGGGGAGAACAAGUAUUUGAUACACUGACGAUUUUGCAGGUUUUCCUACUUACAAAGCAUUUAGAGGUCUGUAAUUUUUAUGAUAGGUACACUUCAACUGUGAGAGACGGAAUCUAAAACAAAAAUCCCGAAAAUCACAUUGUAUGAUUUUUAAGUAUUAAUUUAUUGCAUGACAUAAGUAUUUGAUCACCUACCAACCAAUAAGAAUUCCGGCUCUCACAGACCUGUUAGUUUUUUUUAAAGAAGCCCUCCUGUUCUCCACUCAUUACCUGUAUUAACUGCACCUGUUUGAACUCGUAUAAAAGACACCUGUCCACACACUCAAUCAAACAGACUCCAACCUCUCCACAAUGGCCAAGACCAGAGAGCUGUGUAAGGACAUCAGGGAUAAAAUUGUAGACCUGCACAAGGCUGGGAUGGGCUACAGGACAAUAGGCAAGCAGCUUGGUGAGAAGGCAACAACUGUUGGCGCAAUUAUUAGAAAAUGGAAGAAGUUCAAGAUGACGGUCAAUCACCCUCGGUCUGGGGCUCCAUGCAAGAUCUCACCUCGUGGGGCAUCAAUGAUCAUGAGGAAGGUGAGGGAUCAGCCCAGAACUACACGGCAGAACCUGGUCAAUGACCUGAAGAGAGCUGGGACCACAGUCUCAAAGAAAACCAUUAGUAACACACUACGCCGUCAUGGAUUAAAAUCCUGCAGCACACGCAAGGUCCCCCUGCUCAAGCCAGCGCAUGUCCAGGCCCGUCUGAAGUUUGCCAAUGACCAUCUGGAUGAUCCAGAGGAGGAAUGGGAGAAGGUCAUGUGGUCUGAUGAGACAAAAAUAGAGCUUUUUGGUCUAAACUCCACUCGCCGUGUUUGGAGGAAGAAGAAGGAUGAGUACAACCCCAAGAACACCAUCCCAACCGUGAAGCAUGGAGGUGGAAACAUCAUUCUUUGGGGAUGCUUUUCUGCAAAGGGGACAGGACGACUGCACCGUAUUGAGGGGAGGAUGGAUGGGGCCAUGUAUCGCGAGAUCUUGGCCAACAACCUCCUUCCCUCAGUAAGAGCAUUGAAGAUGGGUCGUGGCUGGGUCUUCCAGCAUGACAACGACCCGAAACACACAGCCAGGGCAACUAAGGAGUGGCUCCGUAAGAAGCAUCUCAAGGUCCUGGAGUGGCCUAGCCAGUCUCCAGACCUGAACCCAAUAGAAAAUCUUUGGAGGGAGCUGAAAGUCCGUAUUGCCCAGCGACAACCCCGAAACCUGAAGGAUCUGGAGAAGGUCUGUAUGGAGGAGUGGGCCAAAAUCCCUCCUGCAGUGUGUGCAAACCUGGUCAAGACCUACAGGAAAUGUAUGAUCUCUGUAAUUGCAAACAAAGGUUUCUGUACCAAAUAUUAAGUUCUGCUUUUCUGAUGUAUCAAAUACUUAUGUCAUGCAAUACAAUGCAAAUUAAUUACUUAAAAAUCAUACAAUCUGAUUUUCUGGAUUUUUGUUUUAGAUUCCGUCUCUCACAGUUGAAGUGUACCUAUGAUAAAAAUUAUAGACCUCUACAUGCUUUGUAAGUAGGAAAACCUGCAAAAUCUGCAGUGUAUCAAAUACUUGUUCUCCCCACUGUAUCUAUUAACUUACUUUUAAGAGAUCCUGAUUGGGUCUAAAUAGGUGUUUGGCAUUUGGUAGUCUAAAUUCAGUGUGCUUGUCUUUAACGACCAUUUCCCCAAAAUCAGACUCUUCCCACACGCCAACACAUUUUUCUCAGUCUCAGAAGCAUCUGUACUCACCAGAUUUUGUGUGGUUAUCCUUAGACGUAUUCUCCAGACUUGUACAUAGGGAAUUGCUGAUAUGUUGUAAAUGUUUUAUUCUAGAUGACAUUUUCUCCUGAAAAAUGUGCCAAAAUGCAUUUUACGUACCUUUCUUUAGUAUUUUACAGAUAGAAAGAUGAAAAAAGUAUUUUCAUCCACAAUCUGCUAUGUACUUAGCAUUCGGAAAGUAUUCAUACCCUUUCCCCACAUUUUGUUACAUUACAGCCUUAUUCUAAAAUUGAUUAAAUAAGUAAAAAUCAUCAAUCUACACACAAUACCCCAUAAUGACAAAGCGAAAACAGGUUUAGACAUUUUUGCAAAUGUAUAAAAAAAACAGAAAUACCUUAUUUAUAUAAGUAAGUAUUUAGACCCUUUGCUAUGAGACUCGAAAUUGAGCUCCGGUGCAUCCUGUUUCCAUUGAUCAUCCUUGAGAUGUUUCUACAACUUGAUUGGAGUCCACCUGUGGUAAAUUCAAUUGAUUGGACACGAUUUGGAAAGGCACACACCUGUCUAUAUAAGGUCCCACAGUUGACAGUGCAUGUCAGAGCAAAAACCAAGCCAUGAGGUCGAAGGAAUUUUCCGUAGAGCUCCUAGACAGGAUUGUGUCAAGGCACAGAUCUGGGGAAGGGUACCAAAACAUUUCUGCAGCAUUGAAGGUCCCCAAGAACACAGUAGCCUCCAUCAUCCUUAAAUGGAAGAAGUUUGGAACCACCAAGGAUCUUCCUAGAGCUGGCCGCCCGGCCAAACUGAGCAAUCGGGAGAGAGGGGCCUUGGUCAAGGAGAUGACCAAGAACCCGAUGGUCACUCUGACAGAGUUCCAGAGUUCCUCUGUGGAGAUGGGAGAACCAUCUCUGCAGCACUCCACCAAUCAGGCCUUUAUGGUAGAGUGGCCAGACAGAAGCCACUCCUCAGUAAAAGGCACAUUACAGCACCUAAAGGACUGACCAUGAGAAACAAGAUUCUCUGGUCUGAUGAAACCAAGAUUGGUCUGCCAAGUUUCACACCUGGAGGAAACCUGGCACCAUCCCUACGGUGAUGCAUGGUGGUGGCAGCAUAAUGCUCUGGGGAUGAUUUUCAGCAGCAGUGACUGGGAGACUAGGGAUCGAGGGAAAGAUGAAUGGAGCAAAGUACAGAGAGAUCCUUGAUGAAGUCCCGAGCACUCUGGAGCAGGUUCUCAGACUGUGGCAAAGGUUCACCUUCCAACAGGACAACGACCCUAUGCACACAGCCAAGACAAUGCAGGACUGGCUUCGGGACAAGUCUCUGAAUGUCCUUGAGUGGUCCAGCCAGAGACGGACUUGAACCCGAUCGAACAUCUCUGGAUAGACCUGAUAAUAGCUGUGCAGCGACGCUCCCCAUCCAACCUGACAGAGCUUGAGAGGAUCUGCAGAGAAGAAUGUGAGAAACUCCCCAAAUACAGGUGUGCCAAACUUUUAUCGUCAUACCCAAGAAGACUCGAGGCUGUAAUCCCUGCCAAAGGUGCUUCAACAAGGUACUGAGUAAAGGGUCUGAAUACUUAUAUAAAUGUAAUUCAGUUUUGUAUUUUUAAUACAAUUGCAGAAAUGUCUAAACUUGUUUUUGCAUUGUCAUUAUAGGUUAUUGUGUGUAGAUUGAGGGGGGGGGGGAGAAACAAUUUAAUUCAUUUUAGAAUAAGGCUGUAACAUAACAAAAUGUGGAAAAAGUAAAGGGGUCUGAAUACUUUCAGAAUGUACUGUAAAAGGUGUCCACAUGCUUUCCAGCCGAAACAGUUCGGAAUAAACAUUUUGUGACGUUUUUGUUCGUUUGGGAGCCGAAGUCUACGCCCCUUUAUCGGUGAUUGGUCAACAGUAGAGAUUGUUCAAUAAAGUCUUUAUUGUCGUUCAACGAAAGACGACUUGUUUUCAUGCACAUUUUUCCAUUGAGAAAUACUGCACCAAACAUCUUAGUUAGAUGUAAAAUUGCGAGACUAAGAUAUCCUCUGCAAAAAUGUCAAAAUUAAUUAUAGAUUUCACGAAUUAUCUUAUAUUAAUUCUGACUAUUUUGAGGAAGUGUAUACUGGCUACGGCGUCUCAAAAUGGACAAACAGUACUAUUUCUGCUUGUUUCUCGUCUUUGUGAGCACACUCGUUCGGUUCGGCUAGGCGCGAGCCGAACUGAAGCAUGCUGACUCCUUAAGUCCGGUCUUGGAGUGUCUUAACAAAAUCAAACCAAAAUAUUUAGGCUGACUUCAUCCAGUAAAAUUAAUUUGCGUGAUAUGUAAAUAUGCAAUAUUUAAUGAGAUCACAUUUUCAUAUUUUAAAACAAUAUAUUGGAACAUUUGUAUGUCCUUUGAUCAUUUUUGUAAAGUUCAUGCAAUCGACAUGUAGGCACAAGUCGGACAAUUUCUAUACCCAAAAUGCAACACAUAUUGAAAGAUGAUGAUCAGCUGUGAUCAACAAUGGUCACCCAAUGCAUAAAACUGAUCUGCUCAAACCAGCCCAAUGUCUUUGUGCUACCUAAACAAAAUAUUAUCGGUAAUUAUAAGUUCUUUGAUGUAUGUGUCUUUCUCUUGUUUCCUAUCUUCUUAGCUGGUUCCUGAGCACAUAGUGAUGACAAAAGAAGAACUGUCAGAGUUGCUGCUUCGAUAGUAUCCUUUUAGCACCGAAUGCAGAAUUAUUUUUAUACCAUGGCAUUACAUAGUACAUUUCUUUCUUAGUUACCAUGUUCCACACUUACAUGUUCCUAAGACACACACAAACAAUUCAUGAACAUGCUGCAGUCAUGAUUUACUAUUAUGUUGCCUUAGUGAUUCCUUGAUUGACGUGUCAGUAAACUGAAGGAGAGCCAGCUACCCAGGAUUCAAGCAGGAGACCCCGUGGCCAGAUACUUUGGACUGAAAAGAGGACAGGUGAGACUCUCACACACACAUAAAUGACUGUGGUGUUUUAUGUGUAAUUUUUUGUUGACUCCUGUGUUGACCUGCCUGUCUGUUGUAACAGGUUGUGAAGAUCAUCAGACCCAGUGAGACUGCAGGAAGAUACAUUACCUACAGGCUGGUGCAGUAG